CACUCAUUGGUUUGUUUGACAGAUCCCAUGUGUUUAUGGAGCACGGCGUUGCAACGCUUUUGAGCCUCAAAACUGGACCACUACCGUUUGGGAUACUGUAAGAGACUUGGCGAACACAAUGGCGUCGGACUCACCCCGACGUCCCAGCCGCUGUGCCGGCGGAGUAGUGGUGCGAGCGCAAGCCGCGACAGAGCAGACAUACAUGGAAAGUGUGGUGACAUUUCUGCAGGAUGUGGUUCCACAGGCAUAUACAGGUGCACCACCAACAGAUGAAAAGGAGAAAAUUGUUUGGGUCAGAUUUGAAAAGGCAGACAUCAAUGACGUGGCUCGCUCGCCGGAGUUCCUGGAGAUUCACGGGAACGUCAGCGUCCCGCCUCUCUGCCUCAUGAUCGGCUACACCGACGGGAUGCAGAUCUGGAGCAUAUCCCCGAGUGGGGAGGCCCAGGAACUGUUCUCUGUGCGUAACGGUCCAGUGCGAACUGCCCGGAUUCUGCCUGCACCCCACGUUGGCCCCAUGAAGACCGACAGCUUUGCUGUGAAGAGGCCUCUCCUGGGUGUCUGCAAGAGUGCCGGGUCGUCAGGAACAAGCCCCCCUUACUGCUGUGUGGAUCUCUACUCUCUACGGACGGGAGAGAUGGUCAAGUCCAUUCAGUUCAAAACGCCCAUUUAUGACCUGCACUGUAACAAACGGAUCCUUGUUGUUGGCCUGCAGGAGAAAAUCGCCGCGUUCGACAGCUGUACUUUCGCGAAAAAAUUCUUUGUCACAAGCUGCUAUCCCUGUCCGGGACCCAGCCUCAACCCCAUGGCUCUGGGAGGCCGCUGGCUAGCGUACGCCGAGAACAAGUUGAUCCAGUGCCAUCAGUCUCGCGGGGGAGCGUGUGGAGACAGCGCUCAGUCCUACACCGCCACGGUCAUUAGUGCUGCCAAAACGCUGAAGUCGGGGCUGACCAUGGUGGGUAAGGUCGUGACCCAGCUGGCGGGCACCGUGCCCUCUGCCCCGCCCGAGGAGGAGGGGGCCCCCCACAGCGGCCCCCGCCGUAGCCCCCACGCCCCCGGUGUGGUCACCGUCAUCGACACGCAGGCCGUCGGGGAGGGGCAGGUGAUAGUCAGCGAUGACUCUGAUGGGGAAGGGGUGGUGGCCCACUUCCCCGCCCAUGAUAAGCCCAUAUCCUGCAUGGCGUUCAGCCCCAGCGGGAUGCUGCUGGUGACUGCGGACACGCUGGGCCACGACUUCCACGUCUUCCAGAUCCUAACUCACCCCUGGGCCUCGUCCCUGAGCGCCGUUCACCACCUCUACACGCUGCAUCGCGGGGAAACCGAGGCCAAGGUGCAGGACAUGUGCUUCAGCCAGGACUGCCGCUGGGUGGUGAUCAGCACGCUGCGCGGCACCUCCCACGUCUUUCCCAUCAGCCCCUACGGCGGGCCUCCCUGCGCGCGCACGCACGUGUCGCCGCGCGUGGUCAACCGCGUCAGCCGCUUCCAGAAGAGCGCCGGGCUGGAGGAGAUCGAGCAGGAGCUGGGCGCCAAGCAGGGCGGCCGCUGUAGCCCUGUCCCCGGGCCCUCCAACAGCCCCUCCGGCUCCCCGCUGCACGUGAAGCUGAAUAACCAGGAGACGUACAGCAGUUUCACCAGCAGCAGUACGGGUAACCCGGGUCUCUCCCCCCUGCCCAGCCUGACUGUGGUGCUGCCGCUCGCCCAGAUCAAGCAGCCCGUCACCCUGGGAACCAUCACCAAACGCACGGGCAAAGCCAAGCCGGCUCCUCCCCACUCAUCCCCCAGCAAGUCCUCUGGAGGGGAGUUCUGCGUGGCGGCCAUCUUUGCCUCCUCACGUUCCUGGUUCCUCACCAAUCCCAACAGCAAGAGGGAGAAAGACCAGUCCAAGCAGGCGGUGGUGGACUCCCUCUACAUUCUCAGCUGUUACGGUAACCUGGUGGAGCACGUUCUGGAGCCCCGGCCGAUCAGCACGGCCCAAAAGAUCGGUGACGACACACCCCUGGAGCUGAGCACCUGCCCCAGAGCCAGCUGGACCCUGACCAGGACACCGCAGUGGAACGAGCUACAACCACCCUUCAGCGCCAACCAUCCCCUGGUGCUGGCAUCGGACCUGGUGCAGCACUACCAGUACCUGCUGGCUGGCUUGGUGCCCCCUGGAAGCCCUGGCCCCAUCACGAGGCACGAGUCGUAUGACAGCCUGGCGUCCGACCACAGCGGCCAGGAGGACGAGGAGUGGCUGUCCCAGGUUGAGAUUGUGACCCACACCGGGCCUCACCGGCGGCUGUGGAUGGGCCCUCAGUUCCAGUUCAAGACGCUCCACCCGUCAGGCCAGACCACGGUCAUCUCCUCCAGCUCCUCUGUGCUGCAGUCCCAGGGCCCCCUCGACACCCAGCAGCCUCUGCUCGACUUCGACACUGACGACCUGGACCUACACAGCCUCAGGAUCCAGCCCGUCCGCUCGGAGCCAGUGAGCAUGCCCGGGUCCUCCAGGCUGGUGGCAGACCGCCGGGCUCUGUCCAACGCCAUGGACCCCGGAGCAGGGAUGUUGGACCGCAGCGUGACCCUGCUGGAGGUGUGCGGCAGCUGGCCCGAGAGCUUCAUGCGUCACAUGUCCUCCGUGGACGCCUCCGAGGACGGGCUGAGGGAGCGCCUGGCCGACGCCAUGUCCGAGUCGCCCAGCCGGGACGCCGUGGGCCCCGGGACGGAGCUGCAGAGGGAGGGCAGCAUCGAGACGCUCAGUAACAGCUCUGGCUCCACCAGCGGGAGCAUCCCGCGCAGCUUCGAGGGCUACCGCUCGCCCCUGCCCACCAACGAGAGCCAGCCCCUCAGCCUGUUCCCCAGCGGAUUCCCCUAGAACAAUCCGGAACGCCAGGCCAACACCGACACCCCAUAACCCCCCCCGGCCCACACUCACGCUCCCACACACUCGUCCUUGUGUCUUUCAGCUCCUGUAAUGGCCGCCUCGCGGCGAGAGACGUCCAUUGGGGGUCCGAGAGGUUCUGCUCCCAGAAUAACCCGCUGUACUUCCUAGUGAAAGAGUGUACCAGGACAGAGCUUCAGAGGUGUAGAUGAUGUUGCGUGUGGCAGUGUCAGGGUCGUCACGGAUGUGUUCCCAUCGGUUAUGUUUCUUUGCCGGGUCGAAUAUUUGCUUUUUUCAUUUUACUGUGGCGAGUGUCCAGGGACGGUUCAAUUUUCUCCGAUCAUGUGACCUUACUGAACCAAAACUAGGUGACCGUGAAUGUGCAGCUAGAUGCUCUCGCCAUUCCUCCUUUUCCUUUCUGUCCGGUGUAGCGACCUGUAGACCCAGGUUUCUGCAGUGACGAUUGUUAAAUAGUGACCGGGUUGAUUUGGUUGUUUGACUUGGACACAUUCUUCUGUAGUAUGUAGGUUUCCUGGGGAUCCAGAACAGUACAGCACCUAUGUGUGUACAUCUGAAAGAAAACAUCAAUUCUUCUGAAAAUAAUGAUGAACAAUGUGCUAGAUAAACCUAUACCAAAA